CAUCAACUCCGAAUAUUCCCUCUUUCCGUUAUAUUCCCCCUCUCCCACCAUCCCCGCUCCCAUCCUCCUUCCCACAUUUUCCCUCACUUGCUUUCUCAUUUUCUCACCAGCCAGAUACCCUCCUUAAGAUUUAAAUUAAGAGUUUUCUGUUAAUUAUAUAAAAAAACAGAUUUUUUUGGCAUGAAAUUUGGGAAGAGCCUUAGUAGCCAGAUCGAGGAGACUCUGCCUGAAUGGCGGGACAAGUUCCUUUCUUAUAAGGAGCUUAAGAAAAAAUUGAAGCUUAUUGAGCCUAAUUCCGGUGAGAGGCCGAAUAAACGGGUUAAAUUGGAUGGAAAUUCUGGUGAUUUUGCCGGUGCCGGAGAUAAGGUCGGCGUCUUCGACGGAGACGGUAUGUCGACAGAGGAGACCGAUUUCAUUAAGCUUUUGGAAAAUGAGCUCGAGAAAUUCAACACUUUUUUUGUCGAGAAAGAGGAAGAAUACAUCAUUAGAUUGAAGGAAUUACAAGACAGUGUGGCAAAGGCAAAGGAUUGUAGUGAAGAGAUGAUAAGGAUUCGGAAGGAGAUAGUGGACUUCCAUGGCGAGAUGGUUUUGUUAGAGAAUUAUAGCGCUCUUAACUACACAGGAUUGGUGAAAAUACUGAAGAAGUAUGACAAAAGAACGGGCGCUUUGAUCCGCUUGCCUUUCAUUCAAAGGGUUUUGCAACAGCCCUUCUUCACUACAGACUUGCUUUACAAGCUGGUCAAGGAGUGUGAGGCGAUGCUGGACCAUCUGUUCCCCAAGAAAGAAAAACCAUCUUCAACUGAAGCCGAAAAUAAGGAUGAUGGUGGAGACUGUGAGGAUGAUGGAUGUGAUCCUGUAACAUCAUCCACUUCUAGGAGUGAAGAUCGGCUCAGAAUGUCCAAAGAGCUCGCAGAGAUUGAGUACAUGGAGAGUCUAUAUAUGAAAAGCAGUAUAUCAGCAUUGCGUGCUUUGAAGGAAAUCCGGAGUGGAAGCUCAACUGUUAGCGUUUUUUCAUUGCCUCCAUUGCAAAUAAGCGGAGUGGACGAGACAUGGAAAAAGAUCCCUGUUCUUGAACAAGCAGCCAAAUAGUUGAAUUUUGGUAAAAGACCCUGAUAUUUUUCAUUAUUUUUUAAUUUACAUUUCAUGCUUUUAUAAUGCUAAUAUUAGAUAGCAACACGUGUAAAUGCUAUAUAGCAAUUUGAUAUAAUUAUAAAGUUUUGAUUACCAA